AUGGAAGAUUUCAGCACACAGUGUAUGAUAAAGACAUGUUCUAAUUGUGAUGGGGACACAGAAUUCUACUGCAAUACAUGUAAAAGUAACCUUUGUCCACAGUGUAAAGAGAGACAUGUCAUUGAUCUAGAUACGGCUUACCAUGAUGUUGUGAUUUACAGAGAGAAAUCUGGAAGUAUCCAAAAAGCUGAGAUUUGCAGAAGACAUCCAAAAAUGAUAUAUGAAAUGUACUGUCACUUGUGUGAACUUCCUGUCAGUAAUCUGUGUAUAGAGCAUAAAAGUCAUGAAAAAUUGGAUCUGGAAGAUGCUUAUAAAAAACCCGACAGCAACACAAAGAAAAUAUUCACAAAAUCAGAAAGGUCGGUGAAAGUAAAAGAUAUCAGUUAUGGUCGUCAUCUUUCUAUUGUGACACCAGAUAAAUUCUGGGUUAGUGAUUGGAACAAUCUCAUCUUGACAGACAACUCUGGUGAAACUCUUCAGAAAGUCACAGACAAAGCUGCUUUUGGAGGUGUGCACACAGUAUCAAGUGCUGGGGAACUUAUUUAUAUUGACAUCAAAGGUGAUGUCAAAAUUCAGACAGACAGCCACUCAAUGGUCAUGUUAAUGAGGAUAACAGAUUCAUUGAGACCCACCUGUCUCCAUUACUGUGUUUCCUCUGGAGAACUACUUAUUGGGAUGAGGAUUUUUAAUUACGAUACCUAA